AUGUUAAAUGUUGUUGCCAGGAAUAAGCGUGUGUGUGAUGGUGAAGUGGAAGUGAACAAAAGUGAAAGUUGUCAAGCCAAUGUUUUUGCGCGUGCGCCAAAAACUAAAUGCAAUUAAUUAAUUUACAACAAUUAGCUGUGCGGCAACAAUAACAAUAACAGAAGCGAAGCGUCUUCAAUUUCGUGUAAUUGCAUUAAUUGAUUUUGAUUUAAUUUUCACGCGCACUUUGAUUAGCGCAGCUUGGCAAAUCGAAUAAGUAAAAGGCGCAGCCAACAACUAAAUGGAUUAUUAAAUUGUCUGUGCGAGUGAGACAGUUAGAUAGCAAGUGCAAUUUAUUAGGAAUCUGCUUGAAAUGGAGCACGCCAGCUUCGAUGAUCAAAUCUUUAGUGAUUUUGCCGGUCCAUUGAGUCCACUAGGUGCCAAACCACUGCUUCCCACCACAACUGCGGGUGGAAAUUGUCUGGGCACUGUGACGCACGCCACCAUGCAUCCUGUCAUGUUGGGCAGCGUCCAUGAGCUGUGUCCGCAGCAGCAGCAACAGCAAAGACUGCCGGAUUGCAACAGCAUUCUCCCCAAUGGUGGUGCAAGUGGCGCCGGGGGUGGUGGUUCCCCCAACUAUGCCCAAAAGCUGGACUUUAACAAAAUGGGCUGCUACUCCCCAACGCAAAAGUACGAAUAUAUGCCAGCAACGCAACAGAAACUUGUCGAGCAACAACAACAACAGCAAUAUGCGGCCACGCCUCCACCACCGCCGCCCAAUGGUCUAGUGCAGCAUCAUAAGCAGCAGCAGCAACAACAACAACUUGUGAGUGUGAUGUCGGACUAUCACGCAUUGAAUGGCAAACUCGACUAUUCGCCAAAUGGCAAACUUCAGGAGCAAUACGAGCAACAAUUGCAGCAGCAACAUCAGCAUAUGUAUGGCGGCAGUCCACACCACAACCACCAUGGACACGACACUGUAGAUCCCCAUGCCAAUGGACUGCUGGAGUCUACGCCCGUCCUCAUUAACGGCAACUCUGGAGGUGUGGGCAACGCUACGGGUGGCAAGCAUAAAAAGCCGGAUGAUAUGUGUCAUCAAAUGGAGGCUGGUGGCAUAAAUGGCAAUGCCGUUGCCGUUGUUACGACAAAUGGCAACGCUGCUGGAGGCAAUAAUAACGGUAAUGUCGGCACGCCCGUCGCGACAAAAAAGGACAGCAAGAAGAAAGGCGAUCCGAAUGGCAUUAAAAAGAAGAAAACGAGAACGACCUUUACCGCCUAUCAGUUGGAGGAACUGGAGCGAGCCUUCGAGCGUGCUCCGUACCCAGACGUCUUUGCUCGGGAGGAGCUGGCCAUAAAACUCAAUUUGAGUGAAUCGCGUGUUCAGGUUUGGUUUCAAAAUCGUCGCGCCAAAUGGCGAAAGCACGAACCACCUCGGAAGACUGGCUACAUUAAGACGAAUACUCCGCCGUCGGCUGCGUUGAACAGUACAUUGGCGCCACCAUUUGCAAGCUUUCCACAAACCACAACGGUUACGCCACCGGGUAGCAUGGACAGUUGGACAAGCUAUCAAACCCCCUACGAGCUGAGUCCGCAGUUCAGUUUGCUCUCGCCGGCGGCCAGUCCCUAUGCCACCUAUUCGGGCCAAUAUAGCACUUAUGUCCAUGAAAGUCAGUUAUUUCCCAUGCGUCAUGCCUUCGAUUAUGGCAGUCCUACACGCAUUGAAAUGGGUGGUGGAGGUGGUGGGGGCACGGGUGGCGCUGGUGGUGCCGUUGCUGGCGAUGCUGAGGCUAGCAAAAACAUGACCACAGCCACCAUGCAUGAUAGCUACAAUCCGGCUGAGUUGCAACACGACGGAACCGCCCAACUGGCUGACGGUACGGUGGUUACAGUGCAUCCCCAACUAAACGGCAAAUAUCUGAGUGCCGAGGAGGCUAAAUACGUGCAGGUGCAGUGCAAUGCAGGGCCAGGGCUGGAUCAAUCGAAUGCCUGUCACAUGCAACAUGUGGAUGGGCAGCAUUAUGCGUCCGCAGCGGCAGUGGCAGUGACGGCAGCAGCCGCAGCGGGCAAUGAUGAUAAUGACAGUGGCUUGCAAACUGUGAUUAAAAGCGAGGAAGCUGCGCAACAACAGCAGCAGCAAACACAAAGCUACGUGUUGCCGCCUUUUUUGCAUUAAGGGAAAUGCUCACACACCGACGACGGCAGCAACAACAACAACGCAUUGCAUUUAUGCCGCGCUUCAAACGCCCGUACUAGAGUUUCCGCACGAAUAACUGACUGUUACUUCGACACUUUCGAUAGUCCGAUGUCAACUAAAAGCAAUAAGGCAGCGUAAUUAUCGUGUGACUACCAAUCGAUUCGUUUCUCUUGUUACCGUUAUUUCAGUAUUACCAACAAGUUGACAGCCUUGGCGCCAUUCGUGCAAAACUCCUGUCCGUACCGAGCAUUUUAUUUACAGUGUGUGUGUGCAGCAUUUCAAUUCACUGUUUUGCGAUUAAAUUUUUUGAUUUCA